AUGAUAGCCAACCGCACCCGUGUUUAUGAGUUCUUUAGGAGUAUUGGUGUUGUACCAGAUGAACAUGAUGGGUUGGAUCUUCCUGUCACUGUUGAGGUUAUGCAAGAGCGUGUGGACUUCCUUCACAAAUUGGGUCUUACAAUUGAAGAUAUCUACAAUUACCCUUUUGUCCUUGGCUGCAGUGUGAAGAAAAACAUGAUUCCUGUGCUUGAUUACCUAGGCAAACUGGGAGUUAGAAAAUCUACUUUUACAGAAUUUCCGCGUCGGUACCCACAAGUCCUCCAUGCUAGUCUUGUUGUAGACCUUGCACCUGUUGUGAAGUAUCUUCAAGGCAUGGACAUUAAGCCUCAUGACAUUCCUAGAGUUUUGGAGAAGUACCCAGAAGAUCUGGGAUUUAAGCUUGAGGGCACCACGAGUACUUCGGUGGCUCAUUUGAUUGGAAUAGGGGUAGCAAGACGAGAGAUUGGUGGGUUAUUAACUGAAUACCCGGAGAUAUUGGGUAUGAAAGAAUCUGGAGACGAAGCUUCUCAACCGACAGGGUUCCUCAAUUCCGUUAUUGGAUUGGCUCCAGAUAAAUUUGGGAAAGUCGAAGAGAAAAUGCCAUGGAUCGUCAACCUCAGUGACAGAGCAAUAGUGAAGCACGUGGAUUUCCUCAAGGAAUGCAGAUUUUCCUCAGAACAAGUGAAGAAAAUGGUUGUGGGGUGUCCCCACUUUCUUCACUUAUUGUUGGAAUCGACUAUUAAGCCAAGACAUAAGAUGAUUGCCAAGAAGGGAGUGAAAUAUUCGCUUGCGUGGCUAAUUAAUUGUUCAGAUGAGAAAUUUGAAGAGCAGAUGAACUAUGACUCCAUGGACAUUGAAGAGAUGGAAAUUGAAUCAUCAUUUCACUUCAAUAAUAUAAUGAAACCAAGAAAUGACGAAUCCUCUAAUUAUGAGGAUGAUGAUAGUGAUGUCUAG